AUGCACAAACAUCAACAAGACGACACAACAUCGCCGCGUGAAGAAAUAACGAAACUUUCUGAGGGUUCACAGCAAAGUCAAGAUAAGGGAGUUGUUUUGAUGUGCAAAAGUCGGCUGCCUCUCGGGCGUAAUUCAAUAGGUUAUCACGGUUCACAUUCUGCUGGGCUAACAGGUCUCUGGGAUCUGAUAAAUCCUUCUUCAAAACACCUUACAGAA